AUGGCCGCGGUUUCCCCGCCGCAUUCAUCGGCAAAGGCACCGUCUUCCCAGACCUCUUGCGAUCUAACGGUCAAGCCGCGGCGCCCAUCGUCCCCGCGCAACGGAGGAUCUUCCUCAUCCGACUCUGCCCCUCCUCGCCUUACGAUCUUCGACGGGAAGCAAAUCCGACGGCGGAUGCACGACGACGCGGCAUUCUCGGCGUUCCUCUCGCACGAGUUCGACCGCCUCGACGCCGACGAUCCCCCACAUUCUUUCCCCCUCUCCCUCAUUCUUUCCCUCUCCCUCUCAUUGAUUCCCCCUCCCCCUCAUUGUUUCCCCCUCCCCCUCAUUCUUUCCCCCUCCCCCUCAUUCUUUCCCCCUCCGCCUCAUUCUUUCCCCAUCCCCCUCAUUCUUUCCCCCACCUCCCUGCAUUCUUUCCCCCUCCCCCUCCUUCCCCUCUCCCCCUCCUUCCCCUCUCCCCAUCAUUCCUCCCUCCUUCCCCUCUCCGCUCCCCCAGAGGACCCGCUAUCCACGCUGGUCUACGACGGGGGCGCGUUGCGGAGAAUACUCGGCAGCGCGGAGGAGGCGGAGGCGCUGAUUUCGGCGCUGUUCGCGGAGCUGGACGCGGACGGCAGCGGGUGCAUCAGCAAGAGCGAGCUGCGCCCCGCGCUCGUGCGGUUGGGGCUUCACAAGGGCGACAACACGACGGCCGAAGCGCGCGAGCACCAGGAGCAGGUGCUAGAGCGCAUCAUCGACCGCUACUGUCUGGAUGGCGACGGGGAGCUGUGCCGCGAGGAGUUCUCCGCGCUGCUGCUCGACGUCUUUAAAGACCUCUCCUCCGAGCUCGAGGCCGCGCCGCUGUACCUGCCGCAGCGCGCCACAGUGCUCAACGGCGCGUACAUAAAAAAGAUUCUAAGCGACGAUGAGUUCUUCACAGCACUGGCAGACGCCAUGUUCAACGACUGGGAUGUGGCGGAGAAGGGCUUCCUCGUGUGCACCGACGCCAUGGCGGGCUUCCGCAAGCUCGGCCUCGCGUACGGCCUCCCUCCGCCCGACGCCGCGGAAGCAGACAAGGUCUACACGUCGCUCUUCCUCUCCGCGGACGUGAAUCUGGACGGGUUUGUGGACAAGGGGGAGUUUCGCACGCUGCUGCGCUCGCUGUUUAUCGGCAUGCAGUUGCAGCUGGAAGAGACGCCCCUCGUGCUCGAAUCGUCCGUGGAACCCAAGGGGGAAUCCGGAUCCGGCGGCACGGAAACCGUUUUCGACGGGCCGAAGCUGCUCGCGCUGCUGCGGGAGGAGGGCGGCGGGCAGCGUGUAAGGAAAUUUCUGGAGGAGAGGUUUCGCGAGAUGGAUAAGGGUGGAAGGGGGAGGGUUCCGCGCAAGGCGGUGUGCGCGGUGGUGGCGCACGUGGAGCAGACGAGCGCGCUGCCGUUUCCGAGGCGGACGUUCUCGGCGGGGAGCCCGGGGUUGGAGGGGAGACGGGGGGUGGGGGAGAGACGAGGGGAGGGGAAGAGGCGAGGGGAAGGGCAAUUUCAGGCGGUGUUAGAAUCAGCGCGCAGACGAGGGGAUACAGAGUCUGCUGGCGAUGGUGGGGGGGAUGGUGGGAGUGAUGGUUGGGAGAGCGCGGAGCAGGAGGUGGCAUGCGAGGAGUUCGUGGAUGCGAUGAUGCGCGUGCUGCAACGCAUGGGGGACGCCGUGCAUGACGACCCUAUUCUGCAAUUCAUUGCGGACGGGGCGAAGAUGCAGCGGCUGAUGGAGGAGGAGGGCGAGCUAGCAACACUCAUCGACAUCCUCUUUAGCAGCCUGGACACCGAUGGCAGCGGCACCAUCUCCUCCUGCGAGCUCAAGCCAGCCCUCUCCACCAUGGUGCAGAACAUGGGGCUGCACACGUUCUGCCGGAGCGCGUCAACGGAGAGUGUGGUGGCGCAGCUGGUGAUGACGCACGGCAAGGGGCGCCUGGACCUCUCACGAGACCAGUUCACCUCCUUCAUGCGCGCCACGGUGUCUGAUCUGGCGGGCAGGCUGGCAGCGAAGCCGGAGGAGGAGGAGGAAGGGCAGGUGUUGGACGGCAGUAAACUGCGCCAGAUCCUGGGGGACCGGCGGCUCUUCCAGAAGAUCUGCGAGGACACCUUCACCUCCUGGGACGUGUCAAGAAAGCGCUGCCUGUCGCGUGCGGACAUCAGUGCAGGGCUGGCGCGGUCGGGCAUGGUGUGGGGGCUGCCUCCCCACAACGCACGCAACGCCGAGGAGGUCUACGAUAAAUUCUUUCUCAAGGCAGACCUGGACCGUUCGGGGUCGGUGGAACGAGCCGAAUUCAAUGUGUUUCUGAGAGGCGUGUUUCGGUCAAUGGCGGAGGAGUUGGAGAAGAAUCCUCUUGUGGUGCAUACAUCCAAGGUUAGGCCGCCCAAUGCUGGUUAG